CCCAUUCAAACCCUAACCUUAGCAAGUUAGACCUUUCGCCGCCGCAAGCUCUAGGGUUUUAGCUAAAGUUGCUCGAAGGAAACCAUGUCGGACGCUCUGGUUUUCAAGGGGAUUCUCAACGGUCAUACCGAUGAGGUGACGGCAAUCGCUGCACCCAUCGACAACACCGACAUGAUUGUCUCCUCUUCACGCGACAAAUCCAUCCUCGUCUGGGACCUUACCAAGGAGCAAUCCUACGCCACAGACAGCGCCCCGGCAUCCGCAGGUCUCCCCCGCCGCCGUCUCACCGGACAUUCCCACUUCGUUCAGGACGUGGUCCUCUCCUCCGACGGUCAGUUCGCACUUUCCGGGUCCUGGGACGGUGAGCUCCGUCUCUGGGAUCUCAAUACUGGUGCAACCACCCGUCGGUUUGUUGGCCACAACAAGGACGUCCUGUCAGUUGCCUUCUCUGUUGACAACCGUCAGAUCGUCUCUGCUUCACGUGACAAGACCAUCAAGCUAUGGAACACGCUUGGCGAGUGCAAGUACACUAUCCAAGACGGGGACGCUCAUACCAAUUGGGUGAGCUGCGUGAGGUUUAGCCCUAAUAAUUUCCAGCCCACGAUAGUGUCUGGUUCAUGGGAUCGUACGGUGAAAGUCUGGAAUUUAACCAACUGCAAGCUUCGCUGCACGUUGACGUGCCAUGCUGGUUAUGUGAACACCGUGGCGGUGAGCCCCGAUGGAUCUCUGUGCGCAAGCGGGGGAAAGGAUGGUGUGACGCUGCUUUGGGAUCUAUCCGAGGGGAAGAGGUUGUACUCGCUUGAUGCUGGGGCGAUUAUUUAUUCCCUCUGUUUCAGCCCAAAUAGGUACUGGCUCUGUGCUGCAACGCAGCUUAGUGUUAAGAUCUGGGAUUUGGAGAGCAAGACCAUUGUGCAGGAUCUCAAGCCUGAAGCGGCAGCUGCUGGGAAGAGUCAGCUGCUGUACUGUACAAGCCUGAGUUGGAGCUUUGAUGGAAGCACAUUAUAUGCAGGAUACACUGAUGGUAACAUACGGGUGUGGAGAAUUUCACAAUAUUAAGACCAUUUGAUAAAAGUGCUUAGCUUAUUUACUUGUUGUUAUGUUCGUUCUGAAUUAUGAAAACUUAACAGCAUGAAAUUUUCAUUGUUGUAUUUCGAGUUAUUGUUUUGGAUAUGUUUGUUCUGAAUACUUUUGUUGGCAUCCAUAAAUAUUUUUAUCUGCUCUGGAUUCUA